GUGGUAUACGUAGUGCGGACGCGAGCACACUUCUCCACGAGUCCGCAACAUUACAGUGUGUUUCUCGGGGCGGCGACCGUCUGACCGCACGCAUUUGGUAAACCGACGAUCGCAGUCGCUUUUAGACUUUUAUAACUCACCUGAUUUUCGCUUUUCUCUCCCUUUUUUCCUUCCCUCCUUCUCCCUCUCUCUCUUUCUCUUUCUGUACAUCUAUCUAUUUUGUUUCGGGUAGAAAUUAUAAUAUUACUCUUAUAACUAUAAGCUGGAAUUUUCUCAGAAUCCGUUACGGCAACGUUCCUGCAAUCCCAUCCUAUAUUCCUUUCACUAUGGCGUACGGUCUUCGCACUCAAAAUCUAAGAACGAUCCUUUCGAUCGUCGUGGUCGUCGCAGGGUUCGCAAUCGGACCGUUCGCUGCCGCACAGAUUGCCAACGGUGACUCCCCGGUGAUAUCCAUCAACGGCCAGUCGUGCCAGUGCGUGAUAUUCUAUUCUUGCGAAGUGACUGACACAGUGAUAAUCCCUUCAGGGUCCUCUUCAGGUUGCGAAGAUAAUUUUGUAUGUUGUCGAAUACAAAAUGAAUCACCAGUUUCAAACGCUCCGAUUGAGAUAUCAUCUGAAAUAACGGAUACUUCAAUUGAUUCAACUACUCAGAAGCAGGACACUAAUCAACAACAAUGUACAUGUGUGUCGAAAAAUCAAUGCUCGGAUUCUGGCAGUAACGAAUAUUUGAACUCUUGUAGUCAAAACCAAGUGUGUUGCAAUUGGAAUCAAGUAAUAUCGGGAAUUACUGAUGUUGGUAAUAUGCACCAUUAUAAUCAAUGUGGUAUUGGUAUAUCAUCUCCAGAAUCAAAUUUUAACGGAAAAUCACGUGAUGAAACGUACUUCGGUCAAUUUCCAUGGAUGGUUAUUAUUUCAAAAACAAACUCCGACAAGACGUCUGUUUUGUCAAUCGGAGAUAAUGAGUUUAUCUGUGGUGGUUCAUUAAUUCAUCCAAGAAUCGUUUUGACAGCCGCUCACUGUGUCAGAGGCAUAAAUCCAAACUUAUUACAAGUGAAAGUUGGCGUAUGGGACACAGCAGUUAGAGACAAAGAAGAAAACAUUGGCGUUUCGGAAAUAGUUGUUCAUCAAAACCAUAAUAACGGAUCCAUGUCCGAUGACGUUGCGUUACUCAAGCUCUAUUCUGAGUAUGAUAAACGCGAACAUGUCAAUACUAUAUGCAUUCCUGCAGACUCCAGAACAAAAUAUGAUCCUAAUUCGUGUAUAGUAACAGGGUGGGGAAAAAAUAAAUUUGGCGAUAAAUACGGUCAAAGUGUGCUCAAGAAAGUAGAACUAUCCCUUGUGCCGAAUGACGUUUGUCAGCAAAGAUUACGAAAAACACGUCUUGGUGAACAUUUCCGUUUACACGAAAGUUUCAUAUGCGCCGGUGGUGAAAAAGGUCGAGACGUGUGUCAUGGUGACGGAGGUGGACCAUUGGUAUGCGCUGCCAAAGAAGAUUCAUACAAUGGUAAAAAAUACAUUCAAGUUGGUAUUGUUUCUUGGGGUAUUGGAUGUGGUGACGAAAACGUACCAGGAGUGUAUUCUUCGGUAUUAGCCAAUUCUCAAUGGAUUAACAAGAAGGUUGAAUUAUUGUCACGAUCAAAUAUAUAAAAUAUCACGUUUUUACGACCACGAAAACAGUUAUUAAUUUUAUAUUUUAUUAUUAAUUAGAA